AUGUCUAUCCUGCCUCCCGAGAUCACGGCCGAGCUGGGCCAGCUCAUCCAAGGCCUCCAGUCCCCGGAUAAUUCCAUCCGCUCUCAGGCUGAGGAGGCGCUGGCCAACAACUGGACCAGCACGCGUCCAGAGGUCUUGCUGAUGGGCUUGGCCGAGCACAUUGCCGGGUCGCAGGACGUCCAGGUCCGCUCCUUCGCCGCCGUCAUCUUCAGGAGGAUAGCCUCAAAGACACGCAAGAACGAACAGGGCCAGGUCGUCGACGUCUUCAUCUCCCUGGCCAAAGAGCAGGCCCUCGUCGUCAGGCAAAAACUCCUCGAGACCCUCGUCAACGAGUCCGACAAGCAGGUCAGGAACAAGAUCAGCGACAGCGUCGCCGAGGUUGGCAGGCAAUAUUCAGAUGCGAACGAGCCGUGGCCUGAGCUGCUCACCGUACUCUUCCAGCUGAGCAUAGCCGAAGAUCCUGGCAAGCGGGAAUCAGCCUUUCGCGUGUUCAACACCACGCCUGGCAUCAUCGAGAAACAGCACCAUGAGGCGGUCGGGCAGGCCUUCACCAAGGGUUUUAAGGACGAGUCUGUCGGUGUCCGCCUCGCCGCCAUGGAGGCGUUCGCUUCCUUCUUCAGGAGCCUGAACAAGAAGAGCCAACAACAAUAUUACCCGCUGAUCCCCGAGGUCCUCAACAUCCUCCCGCCCAUCAAGGACUCCCAGGACUCCGAGGACCUCAGCAAGGCUCUGGUCGCCCUCAUCGACCUAGCCGAAUCCGCCCCCAAGAUGUUCAAGCUCCUGUUCCACAACCUGGUCCAGUUCAGCAUAUCCGUCAUCCAGGACAAGGAGCUCAGCGAUAUCUGCCGCCAGAACGCCCUGGAACUCAUGGCUACAUUUGCCGACUACGCGCCAUCAAUGUGCAAGAAGGACAGCUCCUUCACAAAUGACAUGAUCACACAGUGCCUGAGCCUGAUGACGGAUCUGGGCGAGGAUGAGGACGUCCAGGACUGGCUCGACGCCGACGACCUUGACCAAGAGGAGAGCGAUCAGAACCACGUCGCAGGCGAGCAAUGCAUGGACAGGCUGGCUAACAAGCUCGGCGGCCUCACAAUUCUUGCCCCAACCUUUAACUGGCUGCCGCGCAUGAUGCAGUCAAUGUCAUGGAAGGACAAGCAUGCCGCCCUGAUGGCCAUCUCGGCCAUCUCGGAAGGCUGCCGGGAGCAGAUGCUCGGAGAGUUGCGCCAGGUCCUCGACCUCGUCGUGCCAGCCCUCAAGGACCCCCACCCCCGCGUCCGGUGGGCUGGAUGCAAUGCGCUCGGUCAGAUGAGUACCGAUUUCGCGCCCACCAUGCAGAAGGAUUUCUACGACGCGAUCCUUAAGGCCAUCGUUCCAGUUCUCGAUUCGCCCGAACCACGUGUCAAGUCCCACGCUGCUGCCGCCCUGGUCAACUUUUGCGAGGAGGCAGAGAAGUCCGUCCUCGAGCCAUACCUGGACGACCUGCUUUCGUCGCUCUUCCGGCUGCUCCAGAACGACAAGAGAUACGUGCAAGAACAGGCCCUCUCUACCAUCGCAACCAUUGCCGAUGCCGCUGAAGCAGCGUUCAGCAAGUACUAUGAUUCCUUGAUGCCGCUGCUCUUCAACGUCCUGCAAUCGCCAAUGGACAAGGACACCCGCCUGCUCAAGGCCAAGGCGAUGGAGUGUGCAACACUCAUCGGCCUCGCCGUCGGGAAGGACCGCCUGGCCGGGGAUGCCAUGAAGCUGGUCCAGAUCCUGGCGCAUAUUCAGACCAGCGUCACCGACGCCGACGACCCUCAGGCGCAGUACCUGAUGCACUGCUGGGGGCGCAUGUGCCGUGUCAUGGGCACCGAGUUCUUGCCGUUCCUGCCCAACGUCAUGCCGCCGCUCUUGGAGCUCGCCAAGGCGAACGCCGACAUACAGCUCCUGGACGACGACGAGCAGGUCGAGGCCCUGCAGCAGGAGGAUGGUUGGGAGCUUGUCCCCCUCAAGGGCAAGAUGAUCGGCAUCAAGACCAGCACCAUGGACGACAAGCACAUGGCCAUCGAGCUCCUUGUUGUCUACGCACAGGUUCUCGAGGGCAACUUCGCGCCGUACGUUGCAGAAGUCAUGGAGAAGAUCGCCCUGCCAGGCCUUGCCUUCUUCUUCCACGACCCCGUGAGGUACAUGUCCGCCAAGCUGGUCCCUCAGCUCCUCAACUCGUUCAAGAAGGCCUACGGCAACCCAUCAAACGAGCUUCGUGGCCUCUGGGCUGGCACCGUCGACAAGCUCCUGGAGGUGCUGACCGCUGAGCCUGCCAUUGACACCCUGGCGGAGAUGUACCAGUGCUUCUACGAGUCUGUCGAGUGCCUGGGCAGGGAUUGCCUGACCCCUCAGCACAUGGACAAGUUCAUCGAAUCGGUCAAGACCGCUCUGGACGACUACAAGGACCGUGUGCAGGAACGGCUCGAGGAGAACGACGGCGCUAACCCCGAAGACGUUGAAGACGAGGCCGAAGAGACGCUCAUGGCGAUCGAGGACGACCAGACCCUGUUGUCGGAUAUGAACAAGGCGUUCCACUCCAUCUUCAAGUACCACGGCGCUGCCUUCCUGCGCCCUUGGGAGCGCCUCAUGUCGACAUACGAGGCCUUCCUCAACAACGGGAGGGAUCCGACGCAACGUCAGUGGGGGUUGUGCAUCAUGGACGACGUGCUCGAGUACUGUGGCCCCGAGUCCAUCCACUAUGCCAACUACAUCAUGACACCCCUUAUCGAGGGAUGCCGUGAUGCCUCGCCUGCCAUCCGUCAAGCUGCCGCGUACGGUAUUGGAGUCGCGGCCCAGAAGGGUGGACAGGCAUGGGCACAGUUCCUUGGCGGUUCGGUCCCGGCCCUAUUCCAGGCGACACAGGUGCCCGACGCGCGGAGCGAAGACAACGUCUACGCCACUGAGAACGCAUGCGCGGCCAUUGCCAAGAUCCUGCACUUCAACGCGAGCCAUGUGCCCAACCAAGACGAGGUCAUUACGCAGUGGAUCAACACCCUGCCCGUGACAAAUGAUGAGGAGGCUGCUCCAUAUGCAUAUGCUUACCUGGCUGAAUUGAUUGACAAGCAACACCCCGCCGUCGGCCAACAACCCGAUAAGAUCUUCCUCUACAUCGCACAGGGCCUCGAGUCACAGACCCUGACGUCGCAGACCGCAAACCGCGUAUGCACUGCCACCAAGGUCCUGCUCCAGGCGACCAACACGGACCCGACGCCGCUGCUCCAGCAGUUCACGCCCGACGCGCAGCAGGUGAUCAUGGCCUUCUUCAACUAG